CAACAAAAAAGUGAGACUUGUUUCUCUCAUCCUUUUCCUCCUUGGCAUUCUCUCAUAACUCACCGCCGUUAACACCCGGAAGGAAGAAAAGACGGGGCCAAGAAAAGCAGGAAAGCAAAACCCGGCCCAAAACAAUUACCGCGCCAACCACAUCUGCACAACUUCCUUUGUUCCCUCCAUUGCAACAUCGUCCCUGCUCUGGGCUCACACCCCGCCUACGUGUUAUCUCCAUCUAAGUCAAGAUGUCGGACGACGACUUUAUGCAAGAGUCGGAUGAGGAAUAUGACUUUGACUACGAUGACACGGAUGGUGAUGAAGACUCUGGUGAUGUCGACAUCGAAAAUAGGUACUACAACGCCAAGCAGCUCAAGGUCUCCGAGCCCGAAGAUGCUAUCAAUGAGUUCCUGGAAAUCCCGAAGCUGCAGGCAGAGAAGGGCGAAUGGGGGUUCAAGGGGUUGAAGCAGGCCAUCAAGCUCGAGUUUAAGAUGCGUCGAUACGAUAUGGCUAUUCAACACUAUGAGGAGCUGCUUUCAUACGUCAAGUCCGCGGUUACACGAAAUUACUCGGAAAAAUCCAUCAACAAUAUGCUGGACUACAUCGAGAAGGGCUCUGACCCCGAAGGCGCCGUGCUCUGCAUGGAGCGCUUCUACGCUCUCACCUUGGAAUGCUUCCAGACGACCAACAAUGAGCGUCUGUGGCUCAAGACCAACAUCAAGCUGGCCAAGUUGCUGCUCGAUCGCCACGACUACCUGUCUGUCAACAAGAAGCUCAAGGAGCUGUACAAGGCCUGUCGCCGCGGCGACGGCUCUGAGGACACCUCCAAGGGCACGUACCUGCUGGACAUCUACGCACUCGAGAUCCAGAUGCACGCUGAGACCAGGAACAACAAGCGGCUCAAGGCACUCUACCAACGGGCACUCUGCAUCCGCUCCGCCGUGCCCCACCCCAAGAUCAUGGGCAUCAUCCGUGAGUGCGGCGGCAAGAUGCACAUGUCGGAGGAGAACUGGCAGGACGCCCAGUCGGACUUCUUCGAAUCGUUCCGCAACUACGACGAAGCUGGCAGCCUGCAGAGGAUCAAGGUGCUCAAGUACCUGCUGCUGACAACCAUGCUGAUGAAGUCCGACAUCAACCCUUUCGACAGCCAGGAGACGAAGCCUUACAGAACCGACCCCCGCAUAGCGGCCAUGACUGACCUUGUCGAGGCGUACCAGCACGAUGACAUACACAGGUACGGCCGCGUCCUGGCCUCUAACCAGGACCUCCUGGCCGACCCCUUCAUCGCCGAAAACAUCGACGAGGUGACCCGAAACAUGCGCACCAAGGCUGUUCUCAAGCUCAUCAUUCCUUACACCCGCAUGCGCCUGGCGUGGGUCGCCCGCGAGCUCACCAUCUCCGAGCGCGAAGUCGUGGACAUCAUGACCUUCCUGAUCAUCGACGGCCGCAUACAUGGCAAGAUCGACCAGCAGAAGGGCGUGCUGGAGAUCGAACGCCCUCACGACGCAGAGCGCAUGGUCGCGAUACAGAAUAUGUCGGCUGCGCUCGCCGACCUAUACACGACCGUCUUCAAGAACAGCGAUGGCUUCCGGAACUUGGACUCGGGCACCACCUCUGAGUCGUUUGGGGCAGGUUAUGCGGGGAGGUACCAGCAGAGGAGGACGAACAGGAGGCGGAGGCGGACGAGGUGGAAGCGGUAGCGGACGAGGUGGAGUAGGAGUAACAAGUGUACGAGGGCGAGGGCAAGGAGGUCGUCGAGGAGGAGGAAGAGUAGUGGGCGGCCGAGGAGGUUGUGGAGGUGGUAGUGCAGGUGGACGACGAGGAGGAGCAGGAGCAGUGCUGAAGGGGCGUGGCGCAGGGAAUGUAGGUCGACGAGGAGCAGGGUUCAGUGUUGGAGGACUAGGUGGAAAAGGAGCAGCUCUAGCACGAUCAGGAGGACGACGAGGCAGAGGGGCAGGAGGAGGCGGAGGAAACUUCGGUGUGGUCAACGAUGAAAACAGCAGCGAUGCCGGCGACCGCAUCAAGGUUUCGGAGGACGUGUGGAGCAGGCACAAGCUGGCGCUGUUCUAGGCCAAUAGCACCACGAGAUCCCCUCGACCCAGGUCUCGCUGGUGGACUCCUGCAAAUAUCGUGCGGCGGUGUCUAUGAUAGUGGUGUUGUAGAACGUGGAGGGAAGAGUAUUUUUUUUAUUUUAAUAGAGAAUUGGCGUUGGAGAC